AUGGCUGAACCUGAAGGGGUGGCUGAAAUAUUAUCUGAUUCUGAUUUGGAGGAUCAAAGCCAGUCGGAGGCGAGUGUGUCGUUUUUGGACUCCCCUACAUUCAAAGAGUCAAGUAUCAGACUUCUUGAGGCCCUCCCCACCGACACCGACCGGCUGCAAUUGUCUAAAUUUCUCCUCAAAUAUGAUAAGUUGUUAACCAAGUAUAGGGAAGCCACCGCCCAAUGCCACAACGUUUUGAUCACUCGUGUCAGUGACACUCUUGGAAACACCUCUGGUCUUGCCACUGAAGAACUAACGUCAAUUUACCACUCCUUUCAGAAGUACCAAAACGUGUGGGCUAAGGAAAAGUCGGUAAUCAACGCCGAAUUGGGACAGAAGCUCAGACAAGAAAUCACGGUGGAAGUAUACGGCAACAAACUGCUCACGAACGAGCACCGGGCGAAAUUGAAAGCUGCUCGAGACAAGCUUAUUCGCAAGUGUUCCUUGGCUUGCAAGCGGGCUAAGCCCAAUAAUGAAGUGUUUAAGCAGUACGACAAGUCAUUGGAGACCGAGGAGGCGAGUUUCUCUUUGGAAACGGAUAAACUUGUGAAGGAGUUUAUUGAAACUUCCAAUUUCACCUCGGUGAUCUUUAUGUCUAAGCUGUUUGAAUUUUCCCUCGAUGGCUUGACUUAUAUUAUCAAGUUUUGA